AUGAGCUGCACCCCAAGAAGUACAUACCAUGCUUUUCGAGAAAGCUAUAAUACUCUUCAGCAUUUACAUUUCCCCGGCAUCUCAACUUUUCAACAUGGUCUCAAUGUCCAAAAUUUGUUGAUGCAGUAUAAUCUUGACUAUAAACAUAUAGAGUCUGGUUUCCGAAGACUAGGGAAGCUACAACUGGAGCCAAAGCAUUCGUCUCCUAUCGCUAUAGAGUCGGAUUCAAAUCUGUCAUUUGAAAAAUGGCAGUCGAAAUUGGAGCAACUACGGAAUUUGAAACCGCAACCUAGUAUUUUAACUUUUCAAUUCCAGCACACUUAUGCAGGCGGGAUCAAGUCAAAGAAAACAAUGACAGAUGCUCAAAUCGCUGCAUUCCAAUCGAUAAGAGAAGAAGGAACAAGCACAUUACUGGAUUUACUGCUGCUGAUUCUGUCGCUACUGCUGUCGCAAACACGUGCGUCGCUUCCUCCACCACGGUUUUAUCAACUAGAUCGUGGUGGACAAGUAACCUACCAUGGACCUGGCCAACUCGUUGCCUAUCUUGUUCUUGAUAUAAAGGCAUUUGACCAUUUGACAGCAAAGUGCUAUGUCAACAAUGUGUUGCUUAAACUGAUACAAAAUGUUCUUAUGAAUGAGUUUGGUAUUGUGAGUUAUUUACUGGAUGAAAAUCCGGGAAUUUGGGUCUAUUCAAAAGGAUGGGAUUCCCUUCAAUCUGGACCUGAUGAAGUUGGUGAACGAUUAAGUCAUAACUGGAGAAAGAUUGCGAGUGUGGGUGUGAAAGUCCGACGUGGAGUAACGGAGUAUGGCAUUGCUUUAAAUGUGGAUCCUAGCUUGAUCUAUUUAAACACAUUUGAAAUGUGUGGACUCAAGGAUAGAAGAGCAACUUCGAUUAAAGAGAUUUUAAGUAAACGAAACGAAAGGAUUGGAGAUAAGAAUAACUUAUCGGUAGAUAAAGUUGCCGACUUGUAUGCGAAACAAGUUGCCCAUGCAUUGAAUAUGAAUUAUAUUAAUAAAACCAUUUUAUAG